UUCGACGGUGGCGAUCUAAUUUCUGUUCUCAUUUCUCUGACUCGUGUCGGUUCAGGGAUCUAAUUAUUCUCAACUCCGGCGACUAUGGCGGAGCAACACCGCAAGACGGUGCUUGAUUCAGGGUGGCUGGCAGCCAGGUCCACCGAAGUCCAAUUCACUGGAAUCCAGCUCACCACUACUCACCCCCCUACUUCCCCCACUUCACCAUGGAUGCAAGCUCUCGUCCCUGGAACUGUUCUGGGGACCUUAGUGAAGAACAAAGUGGUGCCUGAUCCCUUUUAUGGACUUCAAAAUGAAGACAUUGUAGAUAUUGCUGAUUCUGGAAGAGAUUAUUAUACCUUCUGGUUUUUUACCACCUUUAACUGUAAGCUGUCUAUCAAUCAACACUGUGAUCUGAACUUCCGUGGAAUCAAUUACUAUGCUGAUGUGUAUUUGAAUGGGCACGAAAUCACAUUGCCAAAAGGAAUGUUUCGAAGGCAUGCAAUUGAUGUCACCGAUAUUCUUCACCCUGAUGGCAGUAAUCUUCUAGCUAUUCUUGUUCACCCUCCCGAUCAUCCUGGGAGAAUUCCUCCUGAAGGGGGACAGGGUGGUGAUCACGAGGUCAGGAUACGGUUUAGAUCAUUCUCUGUUGUAGCUUAUUUUCUUCUGCAUCUUCUUCCCCAGCUUUUCUUCUAUAAGCCCAAUUUAUGGUGGCCAAAUGGAAUGGGAAAGCAGUCUUUGUACAAUGUUAUCAUUAACAUUGAUGUUAAAGAAUAUGGUGAGUCUGAUUCAUGGAGCCAUCUCUUUGGGUUCCGCAAAAUUGAGAGCCAUAUUGAUGAUGCUACUGGAGGGAGGUUGUUUAAAGUCAACGGAGAACCAAUUUUUAUUCGAGGGGGAAACUGGAUAUUGUCUGAUGGGCUACUGAGGCUUUCUAAGAAGCGGUAUAAUGCAGAUAUAAAAUUUCAUGCAGAUAUGAAUUUAAACAUGAUUCGUUGCUGGGGUGGUGGACUUGCAGAAAGGCCAGAGUUUUAUCAUUAUUGUGACUAUUAUGGCCUUCUGGUAUGGCAAGAGUUCUGGAUAACUGGGGAUGUUGAUGGACGUGGCGAUCCAAUAUCAAAUCCAAAUGGACCUCUAGACCAUGAUCUUUUCUUGUUUUGUGCAAGAGACACGGUGAAACUUCUCAGAAAUCAUCCUAGUCUUGCUCUCUGGGUGGGUGGAAAUGAACAAACUCCACCAGAUGAUAUAAAUACUGCUUUGAAAAAUGAUCUGAGGCUUCAUCCUUGGUUUGAAGCUGUAGAUGAAACUAACAAAUCUGUAGGACACUUGUCUCCGGAGCUGACCGAUCCCAGUCAGUACCUUGAUGGCACACGCAUAUACAUAGAAGGAUCAUUGUGGGAUGGGUUUGCUGAUGGAAAGGGGAACUUCACUGAUGGUCCUUAUGAAAUUCAAAAUCCGGAAGACUUCUUCAAGGAUAAUUAUUAUGAUUAUGGAUUUAAUCCAGAGGUUGGCUCCGUAGGAGUGCCAGUUGCAUCUACCAUAAGAGCCACAAUGCCUCCGGAAGGAUGGAAGAUACCAGUGUUUAAGAAACUUUCCAAUGGUUAUGUAGAAGAAGUUCCGAACCCCAUAUGGGAGUACCAUAAAUACAUUCCUUAUUCAAAACCAAGCAAUGUUCAUGAUCAAAUUCAACUUUAUGGUGAUGCAAAAGAUCUUGAUGAUUUUUGUUUGAAGGCUCAACUUGUCAAUUACGUACAAUAUAGAGCUCUUCUCGAAGGAUGGAGCUCUCGAAUGUGGAGCAAAUAUACCGGUGUAUUGAUUUGGAAGACGCAAAAUCCUUGGACGGGUCUGAGAGGUCAGUUUUAUGAUCAUCUCCUUGACCAAACCGCAGGCUUCUAUGGUUGUCGAUGUGCUGCCGAGCCAAUUCACAUACAACUUAAUCUGGCUACAUAUUCUAUAGAGGUCGUUAAUACUACGUUGAAAGAAUUAUCUAAUGUGGGUAUGGAAGCUUCAGUGUGGAAUCUGGAAGGAACAUGUUCGUACUAUAAGAUUCUUGAAAAUCUCUCUUUGCUGCCAAAGAAAGUUGCAUCUAUUUCUGAGAUGGAUUAUCCGAAGUCAAAAAAUUCAGAACUAGUUUAUUUUCUUCUUCUCAAACUAUACAGCAUGUCAGAUCACACAACCAUCUCUAGAAACUUUUAUUGGUUACAUAUUUCUGGUGGAGAUUACAAGCUAUUGGAGCAAUAUAGGAAGAAGAAAAUACCUCUCAGGAUAACAUCCCAGACUUCCAAUGAAGGGUCCACUUACAAAAUUCAAAUUCAAGUGAAGAACACAUCAAAAGAACCAUACUCUAAAAGUUCAACAAGUAGGCUCAGCUAUGUUGAUGGUAAGGACUCACUGGAAACAGCAGAUUCCUUGGUUGACAAGGAACAUGAAGUUGGUUGGUUUAAGAGGUUACAGAGAUGUUUUGCUGGGAAAAGUGAUGGUUUGAAAGUUUAUGAGAUAAAUGGGGAGGACGUUGGUGUUGCUUUCUUUCUUCAUUUUUCUGUUCAUACCUCAAAGAAGGACAAUAAGGAAGGGGAAGACACCAGAAUUCUUCCGAAGUAUUGGUUUUUUACCUCUCUUAAAUUUAACAAAGGAAGGGUAAACAUAAGGAAAAUUUUAGUUGAUUUUUUUAGCUAG